ACAUGUGCAUGCAUCGCAGGAGCGCGUUUGAGCAGGGGCGCACCGCAUACCACUGGGUUUGUUUUUCCUGCAGGAUGUGGAUGUGGCAGCAGGAGAUGGACAGUGAACAGUGAAAAUCCAUCAAUGUGAACCUAAAACAGCACCGCGACUGUCCUCCUUUUUUCCAUGGACUAACGGGUCAGGUGAGCAGAUGUGAUGGUCGUUUUUUCAGUUGAUCAGCGUUCUUCUUCCUCGUCGUAUGUGAUCUAUUUAUACGGAGCAGUCCCGUUAUUUUCGCCUACGUGCGGAAAUAGGAACGCAAGUAAGAGACUGAGCCUGUUCGCUGUUUUUGUGUCUUUUUGUAGCCUGCUUGAAUAUAUCCGUGCAACUGACCAGCUAGAACCGUUGGAUAACCAUCUCUUCCUAUUACAAGAAAAUGUCAAUUAUUCAUUGAAUUUGAUUCAUGCGAAGGAUUCAUGCGGUUUUCAUCACUUUACAAUUGGACACAUAGAUUUGAUACAGAUAUGUCUCGACUGAACGAAAUAGACAGCAGUCGCUCUAACAGCAUUUAAUGUCGGUGGUAGGAGGCUUUCUGAAUGUGUUGGAACUCAUCAAAGGAUAGACGACAACAUGAGACAAAAAAAUAAGUAGGCUAGAUGUUGGCUCCAUUUACUUGUAGGCUUCGACAAUAGGUGUAUUCUAAUCAUCAAGUAGAGCGCUGCAUCAAUCUGGUUGUAAUAAGUAAAUCCGCUUUUCAGAACGCUAACCAAAAGUUUAGUAUAUUUUCGUUCCUGCCUUUGUCCAGUACCCUGUGGAAAAUGGGAAUUUUGCAUUCCAGAGAAAGGAAAACAUUUGUGCAGUCAUUAUUUAAUUAACUUUUGGAGUUGGAGUUUGUUUUUCCAAUGAUCUUUGAUCGAAUUUUUUUCUAUAUUUUUCUUUCUGUUUGAUUAUGUACAGGUUAUUUGGUUGUUACUGAUCCCAGUUGUUUUUCUUUCUAUAUACAUAAGCUUUGUUAUUCCAAACAGAAAGCAUUGCUGCCAAAGUACACAGCUAAAUAGGUUAGCAGCUCUCAAAAUGGACUGAGUGGGUGAAUGUCCAUGCACGCUAUCUUUAGACCAAGCCAGUCAUCUCAAGCAAGUGAUUAAUUAGGGAAAGAUAUUUGAAUAUCAUACUAUAUCGAUAUGUUUUACCUGUUUUACAAAGCAUUUGAUGAACAAACUGCAGCAGUAGAAAUAAUAAGUUACAUUUAAUAAAAGCAACGCAUGGUUCUCUUCUUCAGCUGUGUACCUAAGGUGGUAUUUCCUGUCCAAGGAAAGACCUUUCCUUCCUGUAGCAAUAUGAAUUGUUCAACUAGAAACUUCUGCUUUCCAAACAAAAAGAAGACCAAUACAUUGCCAUUAUUAUGCAAUCACAUGGUUUACCAGUGCUGCAGCAAUUUCAGUGUUUGGGAAUCAGGGAACAGAUGAUUCACUCAUGUCCUCGAGUGAACCUAAGAAUGGCUUCAGCAUUUUUGAACAUUAAAGGUCAUUAAGACAAAAUAUUUCUGAGUCAAAUGGUGUUUCUUGGGGAAGGCCUCUGUAAGGCUCUGAACUGGAGGCACUAACAGACACAGGGCGUAUUCCAUCCCCCUUUGGUGGGGAUUGAGUUCUUUGAAGCACUGUCUUUAGAAAGCUAUUGUAAAAAGGCCAUUGUGCGCUUGUUUGCUGCCACGGUAACACUCUCAUGGUGCCAGCAGGAGACGAGCAAAGCACUGUCGCCUGCAGCUGAAUCUGACAAAAGCUUGCCCUGACCGAGUCAGGAAAAGAGACAACACGAACAAAUGAGAAUCUAAUAAGUUUGACAGUCCACAAGUGUCUCUUCUUUUUAAUGUGUGUUAUCUAGAAGCCAUGUUUUCCCCCUGAAUUAUUCUUAUUGCACCUGUGGUUUAUGCUACAAGAUACAGCUCUGGAUAUAAAGCCAGCACAGAAGCUUUUAUAAAACAAUAAUUGACAGCUAGCUCCAUGUAUAACUGGGCUGAGGCCACCAGGGAUGGAGUGAGAAAGUCCAGGCCGCUGUGUUUCCAGGGACGGACCCUCUGUGGUUUGUUUAGGAUGCUCAUCCAACACCUGCUGAGCCCUGCCAAGCAUACAGCCCAUAAGACAAACACAAGAAGCCAGUAGGAUGAGUCACAUUGGUCGCGGUUACACAGUCCGUGUCGGAGGAAGAGUUUGGUCCCAGUGUCUGGCAGAAGGUUUUUUUUCGAUUAUUUGAUCAUCUUCUAUUAUUUCAUUUUUUUCAAGUUUACUUUGUGCAGUAGAGGGUUGAGCCAAGCUGUGUGGGUGGAUACAGCGAUACAUGGCGUCCGGAGUGUACUGUUAUGCAACAAUGCUAGUUGGCCAGCGUUAGCUCCCAGCCGCCAUGACAGAGUCGUCAGAGGUGCAGAAGAAGUGGCUGGCGGUCAGGGGCCGCCUGGGCUCCUCCCAGGACUCAGACCCCCCGCCCGAGGCCAACCUGGAGAGCGCCGACCCGGAGCUGUGCAUCCGGCUGCUGCAGGUGCCCACCGUGGUCAACUACUCUGGGCUGAGGCGCCGGCUGGAGGGCAGCGACCAGGCGUGGAUGGUGCAGUUCCUGGAGCUCAGCGGCCUCGACCUGCUGCUGGAGGCCCUGGACCGGCUGUCGGGGCGGGGCUGCUCGCGCAUCGCCGACGCCCUCCUGCAGCUCACCUGCGUCAGCUGCGUGCGGGCGGUGAUGAACUCCUCGGCGGGGAUCCACUUCAUUGUGGAGAACGAGGGCUACAUACGCAAGCUGUCCCAAGCGCUGGACACGUCCAACAUCAUGGUGAAGAAGCAGGUGUUUGAGCUACUUGCCGCCCUCAGUAUGUUCUCCUCAGAUGGAUACCGCCUGGCGUUGGACGCCCUCGACCACUACAAGGGUGUGAAGACCCAGCAGUAUCGGCUCAGUGUCAUCAUGAACGAACUGCUGGCCACAGACAACGUGCCCUACAUGGUGACCUUGCUCAGCGUCAUCAACGCCACCAUCUUCGGGGCGGAGGACCUCAGACAGCGAGAUAAGAUGAGGAAGGAGUUUAUCGGGCUACAGUUGCUAGAUUUACUACCUAAAUUGAGGGACGAGGAGGACGAAGACUUGACCAUUCAAUGUGAAGCGUUCGAGGAGGCCAUGGCGGAGGAUGAGGAGGAGAUGCUCCGGGUGUACGGCGGUAUUGACAUGAGCAGUCACAUGGAGGUCUUCACCACCCUCUUCAACAAGGUAAGCAGCUCCCCAGCAUCGCUCCAACUCCUGUCCAUCCUCCAGACCUUGUUGCUGCUGGAGCCUGAGAGAUGUGAUCUCUGGCAGGCCUUGGAGAGCCUCACCAACCGAGCCAUUCUGCUGGCCCAAGACUCUCAGAUGGAGUCGUGUGAGAAGAUCAUGCGGCGGCUGGUGUUCUCUAAGGGCCGGAGCAGCGUGGGUCAUAAUGAGGUGGACAGCCCGCCGGUCCGGAAGGUGGACAAGGCUGUCCAGACCCACGUGGCCGACGGCGACGAAGCAAGUCUCCCUAAAAGACCUACAACUGCCCAGUUGCCCCCUUGCUUCGCUACACCACCACCACCACCACCACCACCACCACCUCUGCCCCCAUUUAUGGGAGGCGGUGUGCCCCCUGGCGCAAACCAGGGCCCCCCUCAACUUACGAAUCCUCCUCCACCCCCCCCUCCUCCUCCACCUCCUCCUCCUCCACUGCCAGGUAUGAUGGCUGGACCCCCGCCUCCUCCACCCUUACCAGGCUUCACCGGCCCCGGUGCACCUCCUCCUCCACCACCUCCUCCUCCCCCUCCUCUACCAGGAGGUGGCAUCGGUCCACCCCCACCACCACCACCACCGGCCCUACCCGGCAUGCCCCCCCCGCCGCCCCCACCCCCCGGCGGGAUCGUGGCUACCUGCAUCCUGAACCUGGGAGCGGCCGCUGCCCCCUCAUCCAAGGGGGGCCGCUUCCCCACCCUGAGGAUGAAGAAGCUCAACUGGCAGAAGCUCCGCACCGUCACUGAUGGUCAGUCGAUGUGGGCGUCGGCGCAGACGGACGAUGCUCCUCGCGAGCCGGACUACAGCAGUAUCGAGCAGCUGUUCUGUCUCCCGGUGGCCGAGCACAAAGACAAGGGGACAGCUGCUCCUGUCAAGAAGGAGCCUAAAGAGGUUACCUUCAUUGAUCCAAAGAAAAACCUGAAUCUGAACAUUUUCCUCAAGCAAUUCAAGUGCUCCAAUGAGGACUUUGCACUCAUGAUUGAGAAGGGCGACCGGACCAAGUUUGAUGUGGAGGUGUUGAAGCAGCUCAAGAAACUGCUGCCUGAGAAGCAUGAGAUCGAGAACCUGAAGACCUUCCAGGGAGAAAAGAUCAAGUUGGCAAAUGUGGAUCGUUUCUACACCUCACUGAUGGCCAUUCCAUGCUACCAGCUGAGGAUUGAGUGUAUGCUGCUGUGUGAGGAGACCUCCUCUGUUCUGGACAUGCUCAGACCCAAGGCCAAGCUGGUGGAGGAUGCCUGCCAGUCUCUUCGUGAAAGCACUCGCAUGCCCAGUUUCUGCAGGCUCAUCCUCAAUGUGGGGAACUUCCUCAACUAUGGAAGCCACACAGGAAACGCAGAGGGAUUCAAGAUCAGCUCUCUCCUGAAGCUAACCGAAACCAAAGCUAACAAGAGCCGCAUCACACUUCUUCAUCAUAUCCUUGAGGAAGCAGAGCUUAACCACCCAGACCUUUUGGCCUUGCCAGAUGAUAUUGAGAUCUGUGAGAAAGCAGCUGGGGUCAACAUGGACUCGACCCAGGCAGAAACCAGUGCCUUGGUGAAGCGACUGAAGGAAACGUCCAAGAAAGUGUCAGACUCCAUCGACGACGUGAAGCAGCAGUACACCAAAAUAAUAGAGGAGAGCCUGGAGGCAUGCCAAACUCUAGAGGAACAGUUCUAUGAGAUAGACAAGAGGAAGUGUGAGCUGGCCCUGUACUUGUGUGAGGACAGCAGCCAGCUCUCUCUGGAGGACCUGUUUGGAACCAUCAAGACAUUCCGCGGCCUAUUUAUCAGGGCCAUGAAGGAAAACAAAAGCAGAAAGGAGCUGGUGGCCAAGGCCGAGAAACGCAAAAAGCAGCUGGCAGAGGAGGAAUCCAAGAGGCAAAAGGGGCAGAAUGGAAAAAUAAUAAAGAGAGGCCUACCCCCACCGGAUGAUGGCUGCAUUAUUGACCACCUGCUGGCGGACAUCAGACAAGGGUUUAGCCUCAGGAAGACCUCGCCCAGGUGCGAUUUGGAAAACCUUCCCUCUAGUGAAAUGCGUAGGGAGUCCGGCCCACCUGGUAAGGACAAGAGGCCGAUGUCUCCAUCCAUCCGCAGGGCUGGUACUGUCUGCUCUCCCAACCCCCUCCCACCACAAUGUAGCUGGUCAAAUGUACAACCUGCAGAAGAAGGCAAAGCAUCGGCGGCAGAAAGGGCCAUCACUCUCGCUUCCAGCCCCCACCAGACAAGGGAGGGAAAAACCUCCGCAGACGGAGCGAACAGCUCCACAAACCGGCCUCAAGGCAAACCAGCAUCGAGACUGAGUUCUCCCCAAGGGCUGGCUUCCAGCACUUCUCCGAAUGGAGCCUCCCUGGUAACCGACCCAGCCCUACUGGUGCGGCCGGUCUCCUCGCAGAAGGGGGAGCCUGGGUUGUCCCCAAGCGGCAGCCCUCGUCUCGGGACUACAGCACCUGAGCCCCAGCAUCGCACCUCCCAGAACGGCUGCACGACCAACGAUCCUGACGUCACCCCCCCCCAGACCACACCAGCUGCCGGCCCCUCUAGCUUUACUGUCUCGGCCCAGGUGGAGGCCAGGACGGAGACGGGGGCACGAGAGGAAAGCACAAUGGAAGACCAAAGUCAAAAGGAAAAAAGUAAUUGCAAACAUUCCACCUCGGAAAGCCAGGCGGAGCCGGUCUCCGAGAGUAUCCAGGGAUACGAUGUUCCUGAUGGACCGAGGACUGAAGCUCUGUCGUCGUUCUCUGGGGCCCUGCCAGAUCCCGCUGGAGUCCCCAUCCAAACCGACUCAAAGAAAAAGCAGAAGCUCUUUAAGCGAAACAAAAAGAAGAGCCAUGAAGGUAACCAGCACAGUAACUUGAAUAAAGCCCUGUUGAGUGUUUAUGUGGAUAGCGGGAAAUCCUUAUUUACCUUGUUUAUCUUGGAUUUUGUAUUCUAUUUUUUGUGUGCGACUUUUGUUUUCUGGUUGUGUGUGGGUUGAUAUUUACUUAAUUAUAAUAGUGUUGUAUUUUAUUUGUACAGAAUUUUGUUUUUAUUUGAAAUCAUCACAUUGCAACCCUUUUUGUUUUGUCAUUUCCGCUUGAUUCUCUAAAACAAAAGGGAACAAAGGAAACGGACAUGCAAAACAUAAAAAAGGCUGUGUAUUGCAGUAAGGUAUGUGGUAAAUAUUAAACUAACGGACCUAAUCAUCCUAAUCCGCUCAAUGGGUGUCAGCGCUUUAAUACAUUAACAACUCAAUCUGGUGUAUUCGUGUUUGUCCAAUUUAAUUUCUUUCUCUGUCGUUGCCAUUUCGCAAAGUCUGCAGUUGUCAAGCACUGAUCCAACAUCAGAGUCAAUGUGUGUCUAUCAUGAAUUUUCUAUGUCUUUUGGGUCUGCAGGAGAACAUGCAUAUAUGUAUUUAUAGUCUAUCCCCAAUCAAUCCCUAUGGUAUAUCUGUUUGUAAAAUCUUUCAUUAAGGCUUUUGGGGGAAAUAAAGAAGACUCCUAACAAUUUUCAUUUGUCAAAUUAAACACUAAACCCUUGACAACUCUCUUCAUGCCACACCUUGCGUUCAUCUUGUCUUUGAGGGGGGUGAUUAAUCAAAUACAUUCUGACAUCUAAACUAUUUGCAUUACAACUUGAAUGGUUGAUCUGUACUUCUUUGUGAUAUCCACACAGCCUAUUCCUCCUACUAAUUGUCAUCUCUGCUUCCCCAGGUGAGCUCCGGAAAAGGAGAGGAAAGAGGAGGUGUUGAACCUAGGCUUGUGUACAAUAUUUUUGUAACGACAUAUUUUGCAGUGUCCUGGAUAAUGAGACCUACACCUGGUUGGAUGGAUAUGCUCCUUGAGUGACGAAAAAAUAAAAUAAAAUAUAAUGGAAGGCUGCGCUGUUAAGCCUAAAACUAAUGUCCAAAAGCGUUUGUGUAUGGAAAUAAAUAAACAUUUAACUUAUUAAAACGCUUAUGCUUUUUAAAGCAUUGUACGAUGUAAAGGACAUAUCAGCCUUCGUUGUUCUUUUUGUAUCUUUUUCAGACGAAAAAAUCCUUAACUCUGGAAAUACGUGCGUCUUGUGCAAUUUCAUAAUAAUAAAAUAUAUGGGCUCCGUCAAAUAUGUGUGGAAUAUUAAGAUUUGUAAAACGUGAUAAUAAAGCUUAUUUGAAAAAAUUAUCUUGUUCCUCUUCUUGUUGGCUUUGACCUACAGCUAUGUGGAACAGGAUAGCCUAUGCUAUGGGUCCUAGGGUCCUAUACUGUAAUC